AACAAUUAAUCUGUAUGAAUAAUCGUACAAUUCAUGCAUAUGGUGAUAAAGUACUUUGGAGUAAUUUAUAUGACACAUCAGUAGGCUAUGGUGGUGAAUGGUGUGGUGCAUUACCACAUGAAGAAUUACCUGUGUGUGAUUGCAAAGCUCCACCAUUUACACUUUUACCAAGAUUACCCUUUGCACAUCUUAAAUCUAUAGAAUAUUUUCAACCAAUAAGAAUAAUACAAAAUCAGGAAUAG